GUGUGUACGUGUCAGGGGGCUACAUCGCCGCAAAGGUAAAUAUGACAAUUUUGCUAUUAAAUAUCGGUGCAACAACGACGCAAUUGUAUUUUGUGACAUUUUUUAUUUAAAGUGAACAGAGUUUCGAGGAUAAAAUGACGCAUUUUACCAUUGCGCCGUUGUUUCACCAAACAUUAGGUAUUUUUUUAAAUCUAAAUGUAAUUACGCCAAUAUUGUUCUAAAAUGCUGUAUAAACAAUUACAAUUAUGACUUAAUUGUAAUAAUUUGAUAUCGAAUAUAACCCACUAAAAUAUUAUUAUUUUUCAAAAUUUUAAGCUAUUACAAUGGGAAGCCGAGCACGAAUGUUAGUUAAACUUUGUGAGCAAGACUAUUCAAAUGAUGACAGUAUUGAGGACCAAUCUCUUGCUUCAAAAACAGUUAUUUCUACUAGUGCAAAUGGUAAAUACUUGAACAUUUUUGUUUUUUAGAUGGUUGAUAUUAUGGUUUUGUAGCUUUAUUCGGAUUUAUUAUUGAAUUUCAAUUAUUGUCUAUUUAUUUUAGCAUCGACAGUGACAGAAAAUAUUACUUCUUCUGUAAUUAACACGGAUCCACCACCAAUCCUUCUCGCAAACGACGACGUAAACGACAGUGAAGACGAAGGAAAAGACUUUUCUGCUGAUGAUAGUGGUGACGAAUAUAAACCACAUAAAUCCAUGCAACGUAAGCGUAAUAACUCAACGUCAUCUAGCUCAUCGUCGAGCUCUUCAUCCUCUACUUCAUCGUCUAGUUCAUCUGACACUAUUUCUGGCUCGUCAUCAACAUCGCCUCCUCAAGGUUCUGUCAGUAAUUCCAAUUUAGAGACCAGCCAAGGUUUAGCACUAUCGACAGAGACUACAGUUGCCAAGAAAGGCAAAAAGAGAGUUCGUAAUGAAUCCGCAUGGAUAAAAAAUGUACGAAAACGUCAACGAAACUCUGGAAAACAAUAUGUAUCUAGAACUGGCAAAACUGUUGCAGAAAAAUCUAUUAAACCACCUUGCACAGAAAAAUGUAGGUUCAGAUGUCGUGAUAAAAUAACGGAAGAACAAAGACAGGAGAUAUUUAAAUGUUAUUGGGGCUUGGGGACGCUACAAAGACAGCGUGACUUUUUAAACUCCUGCUUAACAACAUUGAAAGUUCCUUAUCGUCGAGUAAAAGAAGGAGCUGCCAAAAAUAGAAACCAAAAUUGUGUUUUUAAUUUCAUGGUGAACGGUGCAGGUGUGCGGACAUGCAAUUUUUUUUUUAUAAAUACUUUGGGUAUAUCUGAAAGAACAUUGCGAACGGUUAUUGAAAGUAGAAAUAGUAGUAGUACAGGUGUGACCCCUGAGGACAAACGUGGCAAACAUGCUCAUCAUAACCAAGUCAAUCCGGAAAUCAUACAAUCGGUUCGCGAUCACAUUAACUCCGUCCCUAGAAUUGAGAGCCACUAUACUCGAGCUAACACCACUCGUGAAUUCAUUGAUGGCGGUCUUACUGUUAAAGAAUUGCAUCGAAAUUACUUAUCUCGUAGAGGAACGAUGCCAUCAGCAAGUUUUGAUAUGUAUUACCGAAUUUUUAACAUCGAAUUUAAUUUAUCAUUUUUUGUACCAAAGAAAGAUUUAUGUGAUCUCUGCGAGUCUUAUAAAAAUGCUACCGGAGAAAACCAGCUCAAAUUAAAAGAAGCUUACGAAGAGCAUCUAAGGCAAAAAGAUUUAAGUAGGAAAGAGAAAGCUAAAGCUAUAGAGUUAUCAAAAGAAAAUGGCGAAACUCUAGUUGCAAUUUACGAUUUACAGGCAGUUAUGCCUGUACCUAUUGGUAAUAGUUCAGCUUUUUUUUACAAAUCAAAGUUGUAAAAAAAAGCUGCAGAUUUUUAAGUUACUUAAAAGAAAAUUCUAAUGUUUAAUUUUUUUUACAGGUUACAGAUUUAAAAGAUAACGUUACCAAUUGCUAUUUCUGGCACGAGGGUCUUGGCAAUAGAGGAGCUGUAGAAAUUGGUUCUUGUGUAUUGAAAUUUCUGAAAGAGACUGCUGAGCGUCGUCCCGGCAGCGAUAUCAUAUUUUACUCUGACAACUGCUGUGGUCAGCAGAAAAAUAGGUACAUUUAUUGUCAUUAUUUUUUCAUUAAGAUUUUAAAUAACAUUAUUUCUGUAGUUACGUCUAUUAUAUAAGUUAUAUUUUACUUUUCCAGAUUCUUGAUUGGCAUGUAUUACUAUGCCGUUGAAACUCUUCCAAUAAAAUCAAUAACCCAUAAAUUUUUUUUACGUGGCCACACUCAAAAUGAGGUCGAUAAUGCUCAUUCGCUCAUUGAAAAGUCGAUCAAAAGAGCAAAAAAGUCUGGUCCUGUCUACAUUCCCUACCAGUACGUUCAACUUAUACGAAACGCCAAGAAAACUGGAAAUGCUUUUGUUGUCAACGAGCUGAACUAUGACGAUUUUUAUGAUUUAACCCUCUGCAACUGACGUGGUUAAAUUGUUACAAUUCAACUGAGGUGUAUAUUAUACCAGACACCA